AUGGCGCAGCUCUUCCAGGGACCUUUGGCACGACGCCCACAGCUUUGCCACUUCCGUCUCUUCUGCGAAUUCAAUUCUCUCAUUAGAGGGCGCGCGGGAGAAAUCUGGCUGGGGUCACUGUUUUAUGCUCAUCUCGCCGAAAAUGCACUACGGGUUGAGCGCCUUUCCAACAUUAUCACGAGCUACAAUAGGUUGCCUAUCUACCAUUUUACACAACCUGGGAGACUCUACAUUGUCGACGAGGACCUACGACUGAGUGAGCUCAUUUCAACAGACGAGGAGGGAGAUCUCUUCAGAUCCCGGGAUAAUAACCUUGUGUACAUUACCUGGGGCCACAUUGUAACUGGGACCGUGACCGACCCCUUCUCCGUUCCUGGCUGGUUGGAAUUGUCGACCAUCAUCCGUAGAGAUCCCCAGCCCCAGGCAAGGACAGUCCCCGGACCUGAAUCCGAGGGCUCCGCCACGACGAAUCUCCUCACUAGUCGAGAACUCGGCAUAGUCUCCCUGAGGGAAGCUUUCAGAGACGUCAACCAACAAUUCACCGCCAUGGCCGCGGAUAUGAUGGCUUUGCCUACCUCCCAUGUUCUCCGGACUCUCCGAGAGAAUGACGCCGAUAUUCACCACUCGGAAGCCACCAUUGACCACCUGUUUCUGGGGAAUGCUUCUCCAGGGCAGGAUGGCCUAGAGAUUGCCCGGGAGUGCCUUGCGCGGGUUCAUGGACGAUUGUUCGAGGUGGAGAGGUACAUCAUUGAAGAGGAAAAUCUCCUCCUUACUGCUGGUCGCACGUUCAGAGCGUACAGUUUACGGUACGAACGGACCAGACACCGGUACUUUUUGAAGUGGGUGGUUGCCGGCCUGCAGGAACCCCAACUUCGAGACCGGUUCAGGAUCCCUUCCUCAGUCCAGCCAGCGCCGAUCGCCCGACCAUACGAGGGCCAAGAUCCCUGCCCGAUCUGCUAUGAGGCUGUUGAACAACCGGAAGAGUGGUUGUUCCCCAAAGCCGGCACAGGUAUGACAUGUCCGUGGUGCCGAGCGAGCGUGCCAAUGGACUUCCUGGGUGAAGUUAUGGAGUCGAGAGUACGAGAGCUGCAAUGUUUGUGA